AUGGCUCUUAACAAGACAUUAGCAGAUGUGAAAGCAUCUUUGAAGGAAAGGACCAAUCAAGAACAGCGGUUUGGUUUUACAAAGUCUAGUAUAGAUAAAUCCACUGAAAAUACAGUUUUGCCUCAACCAUCACACUUACUUCAGAAUCCUUUAUCUACCAUGCAUGAUAUAAUGGAGUUGAACAUGCACCAUGAUCUGCAUGAUAGAAUGAAGCUAAAUCUUGGAGCUCAAUUCCCAAAGGGUUUUGGAGGCGCCAAUGUUGGAAUAUAUUAUCCGCAAGGUUCUAUGACGAACUAUAAGCAAGUUCAGUUACCCACUUACCCUAAUCGAAUACUUCAGCACUCCCGCAGUCUCCCCCCCGCACUCCUGCUCUCCCUCACUCCCGCAGUCUCUAACUCUCACUCUCGAAGUCUCGAUCUCGUUCCAAGUCUCGAUCUCAAAGUCUCGAUCUCGUUCCAAGUCUCAGUCUCAGCCCUCUGCAGUCUACUCAUAGGCGCGAAGUCUCUGAAGACCCAAACUCUCGUUCCAAGUCUCGAUCUCGUUCAGGAGCUGAAGGUUAAGCCUUGCCCUGUGGUCUUUGCUCCGGCGGUCCAAAAGCUUGCAUAUUUGAGUACUGCUAUUUUUCAGAGAGGAGCUAUUAUUCUAACGAGUCUAAUGAGUACGACUCUAGAAGUGAUGACUGCAAUGAUAUGCUGGUUGUUGAUGGUACAGCUCAAAGGCAGGAGGAAGUAGCUAAAGCUCGGAGUGGAAAGAAAGCAGUAGUUAGUGAUGAAGCUGUUCAAGGCAACUACUCCAACUAGUGUUGCUUGUGCAUCUACAUCUGCACCAAGUGUGAGAACUACCAAAAGUUCGGAGGCUUCAAUUUCAGCCCCUACAGCUACCAACAAUAGGAAGAAAAGCCAGAAAAAAAAUUAAAUGUGGAGAAUCAGAAGCAUUUGGGAAGGUAUGAACUGAAGAUGUUAUAGAUGAUUAACAUUGUAAUUUGCUAUGCUUUCUUGACUAUUUGAUGAGUUUGGUACUAUGUUAUUUUGUAAUCUGGUGAGUCUCCUUAGUUUACCACUAAGACCGAGUUGAGUGAGUUUAAUACUUUAUGAAGAAAACUUGAAUGUUG